AUUUUUUUGAGUGAACUGCAUAACUUCUGAGAGAAAGAAAACCCGUCUCUCAAACGAGUUAAAAUGCCGUUAUCAACAAAGACCCCCAGGGCCCUGGCGGCCAUCUUUGAGAGUCCCAGUGAUGACGAGGACUUCCUGGGUUUCGCCGUGCCAGUGCUGAGUGACAGUGAGUCAGACAGCCUAGCCUCCGAGGACUCUGGGAAGCCGGCAAUGUCUUUCAGGUCAAAGUUUGUGACCUCUGAGUUGGUUAGUCUGUUUAGCCAUUCAGACAAUGAAGGGGAGGAGUUUGAGGGCUUCGGUGAGGAAGAGAAGAGGGGGUCCAGAAGCAGGACGAAGGCUAUGUGCAUAGCGGAGGAGAGUGAUGAGGACACAGGGUUCUACUCCGAGGGGGAGGAGCCAGACACACACAAGAGGAGGAGUCUCUGUGUCGCCUUCAGGUUUCCCACAAAAAGACUCUCUGCCCAGAAAGGGGAGGCACAAAAUAACCCCCAAGCAAUUAGCGCCGCCCCUCCGGAGAGGAGAACCAAUGAGAGGCUGCAUCUGAAAAGGGGUGUGUCUCAGGAGUCCAGUGGUAGGGUGACAUGGGGUCAGAAACCGCCCCCCAAAAAAGAGGAGGUAGAAGAAGAGAAGAAGAUGGAGGUCGAGUCUCCAGUUCUAAAUAAACGAGCCAAGAACAUCCAGGAGAACAAAGCCAUGUUGGCCAAGCUGUUUGCUGACCUGACCAACAUGGCUGAACUCACCUCCUCUCCCACGAAGAAGAGGCGUGUGAGUGAGAAGCCGCCCCCUCGUAGACGGGGUGUGUGCGAGGGGGGCGAGAGGAGGAACCCAUCGCGUGCGGCCAGACCACCAGAGAAGUUUGGGGUGGAGGAGAGGAGUACCUCGCCCUCACGACACGACAGAUCCGUGAGGACGAUCGACGUCAGGAAACUCCUGGAGGUGGACGAGCUGAGUAGAAGUGGGAGGAAGAGGAGGGUGAGCAGCGGGAAGAGGAGGAAGAUUACACAUGUGAGAUCAGUCGAUGAAAUCACAGAGGAAGAGCUGGACAACGUGGCGCAACGUGCCAAAGACAAGAUACUGGACAAGGACCACGGCAGCACGUGUCACCAGUGCAGACAGAAAACUCUGGACACCAAGACGGUGUGUCGUAGUGGAGUGUGUAUAGGGGGCAAAGGUCAGUUCUGUGGGCCCUGUCUGAGGAACCGCUACGGAGAGGACGUACACGCCGCCCUGCUGGACCCGGACUGGGAGUGUCCUCUGUGUAGAGGUAUCUGUAACUGCAGUCUGUGUCGACGGAGAGAAGGACGCUGUGCAACCGGACAACUGGUCCAUUUGGCUCAACACAAGGGCCACAGCAACGUCCAAGAUUACCUGGAGAGCAUCCAGAAAGAUCUUAGAGCCUAGAGACAAGCAGACCGUGCCCCCUGUUGGUCAGAACAGAGAAUUACACCCUGUAGGCCCGGAGGGAGAGACCCAGCAGACAGUGUGCGUCCCAAUUAUCUCUCCUUUCUCCUGAAGUGUACACUCGUUCACUUCUUACCACAAAUCUGAAAGCAUUGGAUUGUAGGAGGCAUGGGCUAAAAGGUGCUUCCACCAUAUUUCUUACACCAGUAAUUUCCCUUCAAAUCCUUCAAGUGGACAUGUGCACACUUUGGAAGGAAGGCGAGAUAAUUAGGACGUAGUCACACUGACACACAUUGUCCUGCUUUAGUACCGCCACAGUUCAGACUAGAACCCAGACCUCCACCACGGGUCCCUCUGCCACCUUAUUUAAUCAGUCAUGUUCAGUAGGGACACAGGAGGUAGCACCUGAAAUCCUCCAGUGAGAAUAUACAACUCCCUUAAGUGUUUAUUUGGACAGUGAAGCAAAAACGUUGAAUUAGUCUCUAUCCUCCACCAUUUUGGAUUUGAGAUCAAAUGUUUAUAUGAGGCGACAGAACAGAAUGCAAGGGUUGGAACCGGUUCAGGGAACAGAAACCGAAAACCUGAAAAUAACGACAUUUUUCAAGGAAUAGAAUCAGAACCGGGAAGGAAAGUGAUCUAUACUGUUCCGGAACAGAACGGUUAUUUUAAAAGCAUAGGAACCGGUUAAUAACGUUAUUUUAUGUUCCGGGUUUUUUUUUUUCAGUCCCACAAAAAAACGCAACUAAGCGCCUUUGCAAAGCCCUCCCUCUGUCAAUCAGAAACUUGUUCCAGCGUCUGCCUGCCAGUGUGUGCAUGUGUAGUGUACCUGUCCCUCUGACGCAUCGCUGUAUCCGACUGAUGUUACAAGCGCAAUUGAGAAUAUAGGGAGAGAGAUUUUUAAUUGGAGAAGAAUGGGUUAACUUUUUCAAUGCUAGUUAGGGAUACUA